AUGACAAAGAAUUUUUUUGAUCUUCACACGGCUGAGGAUGACCAUGGCGAAAUACGAUCACGGUAUAUAAGCGAAGGAUCAGUUGGACAUUCCACAUCAGUCGCCAUGAAGCAAUUGAUCUUCCUAGCUGCAAUUGUCACUUCAGGGUAUGGUGCCCUGCAAGGGUAUAGUUUAGAUAAACCCUCCAGAUCCGGAUUAAGCACAGGGCCAGGAUUCUCUGCUGGAGUGGGAAUUACAAGUGGAGCAGGAAUCUCCUCUGGAUCCGGUUUUACAUCUGGAUCAGGAGUUACGCCUGGCGGAAUCUCGAUUGGAAUUGAACCUGGAGUCGGGGGACUUGCACAUGGACCAGGUGGACUUUCACAUGGAUCUGGAAUUACUUUUACUGGAGUCCCAACUGGGGUAGGAAGUACUGAUGGUUUGAUCGGAGAUGGAUUCCCCUCCAUUACUGACGCCAUUGCCGUUGGAUGCAAGGAGGGAGAAAUUUUGCAUGUGGAUGGAACUUGUGUAGUUCCUGAAGUGUCUAGGAAAGUUUUUGUUGUGGAUGUUCCCCAACAACAACAGCUAUCAGGUCCUCCACCAAGUGUUCCUCCUCCUAAAGUGGAUCAUAAUAUCCUGUUUGUGCGCCUUCCUGAAGAAGGUCUUGCACCUGAACCUAUCGUUAUUCCUCCACCAAGGCAAAACAACAUUGUCUACGUCCUUAACAAGCAGAACGAACAGGCACAAAGGGUUAUUGAAGUCGAAGCUCCUCCGCCGUCAGAGCCCGAAAUCUACUUCGUGAACUACGAUGAUGGAGAAAAUCCUACUCUUCCUGGAGGUAUCGAUCUUCUUACUGCUCUUGGAUCCGCUGCCGAGACUGGCGGAGAAGUAAUUGGUGCCGUAGGAGGCGCUGGAACCGUUGGAGGCAUUGGAGGAGUCUCAGGUCUACAAGGAGGCGCCGGACAAGGCGGCAUUGGCGGAAGCGGCGCUGGUCUUGCUGGUGGCGUCGGAGGAGGUGCCGGAUUAGGUGUUAGUGGAGGCUCCGGUGGAGUAUUUAGAGGAAACAGCGGAUCUGGCGGUGGAUUUGGAAUUUCUGUAGGAAGUACAAGUGGACAAGUCCGACCUGGAUCUCUUGGUAAUUUGGGAACUCCGUCAGGUCUAUAUUCGACACCAUAG